UCUACAGCGAUGACCAACACAAUAACAUGAACAUUGUGUUCGAUUUCCAUUCGGUUUACAGAGUCCUUAAUCCAAAUUUAGUUUUUCAUGUAGACGACUACAUGGAUCUUGAUUAUAUCAACAAUUGGGUAACACGAAUCGAAGAUAUAAGUCAUGAGUUCAAUAGAGAUUGGCUAAUCGGUGGCGACAGGGAUCAGAUACAAGCCAUUGUACAUCAGAUCCUCGAGAUUCUCGACGUCCCCUUUCACCGGAGUAUAGUUGAUGGAUUUACUGAAGCGGUGGUUGUUGGGAAUGAUGAAGGCGUUUGUGUGAUUUGUAUGGAUACGAUCCGGGCUGAGUCGGGUGUGGCGGCGGCUCGAAUGCCGUGUUCGCACGUGUUUCAUCGCAACUGUGGAGAGGAGUGGCUUAGGAGCAGUGGGAUUUGUCCGGUUUGUCGCGCCGUCUUCCCGCCGCUU